GCACGUUUUUGUCUCUUGACGGCCAUGGUCAGCUAAAAUGUCGGUAGCGACACCUACGGUUCUCCCCCGGGAUCCCAGGUUCCCGCACUUGUUGCCUCCAGUGCCUAGGAUCCGGCCUAUACAGCUACGUACCGUUGGCUAUGAGGCCAUCUACGGACGUAUGAAGGAUUAUCGCGACUUGCAACGCGAGAUGGACGAACUGAGUGAAGAGGAACGCGAGCUCGAGGAAUUAGAUAGCAAUAUUCGUAACCGAGGUUUCGGGACUAUCGUACCUAUCGGUUGUGUCAAGACCCAGCAGGAGGAGAAACGAGAGCUUGAUGAGGCAGAUGAUGGGGAAGAGGAUUCUAUGCUUUCUGAUGGACCGCCGUCCAUGAUAGAGGAGGAAGAGCAGGAGGAAGAGGAGGAAUCAGCGGAUUUGGAUGCUAGUAUGCAGGAUAUGGAUGCUAGCAUGCAAGAUAGAUGAGGAGUUUGAAGAGUUCUCGGAUGCUGAGGAUUUCUUAGGUAACAGAUGUACCGGAGAAUUAGGCAGCUUUCCCUAUGUUCAUCCACUUUUUCAUGGAACUCGACAUUCGACAUUCGAUAUACUAUGACCUUGUCCGGUCAGGCAUUUCGGUCUUAUCUUUCUAUUCCCAACGAGUGAUACUAGUGCCUUAGGUUAGAUAUAUUUUAGGAUACGUCCUGCCGUCACGUUAUCGCAGCCGAACUAGCAACUCUAAGGAUUACAUACAUGUAGUUAUUAAGUUUUAC